UUUCUUAAUAACACGCGCACCCUCUUCGCUUCGUCAUUUCCGCAUCUCCCUCUCACCUCUCUCUCCUCGCCGACUCGUCCACUCUCUCUCUGCAGCCGGCGCCUCCUAAAACCCUAGCUCCCACUGCGCAACCCAUCGACCCCGAAUCCAAAUCCGGAGGAUGCUCGAUUUCCAUAAGGAUGUUGCAAGGGAAUCUGGUUUUCUGAGAUAUAUGUAUUGCAGCAACUGAUUACUGAAAGUCUGGUUUAAAGCUCCGUUUAAAAUGGAUCGCCGCGAUACAUCAGGAUUUGUUAGUGGGGGUGGGAUGUACUUUUUCAGAGACAUCUAACCCUAAUUUGUAGAUAAAUUUGUUUAGCUCAGAAGUCGUUGCAAUUUGAUUAGUCUUGUGUAUAAUAUUAUUCCAAUAGCCGUUACUUAAUGGACAAUAGGUCUCAGAACCUGGGUUUUGCUGCUAAUUACUCCUCAAAUAUUUUCAAGAUCUUGGGCAAUUCAGUGCCAGUUUGCAGAUCUGGAGGUGACUAUUGCACAGAUACCAUCUUACGGCUCAAUUCCCCUGGUUCUUCGAUCAGUUACAUGUCAAGCCCUAAAGGAACCAAACGGAAGUGGAGUGUGAUUGAUGGAUCCUUGAACCAACAUGUUCGCUCUUCACUGUCUCUUGGGCUUGGCCAUUCACCAAGUUCUUCAGACAGCAAGGGGAGUUCAGCAACUGUUUGCACUACAAUGUCUUCGGCCAAAGAAACCGAUGAGGAGUCCUCAAUGGAUCUUGAACUGGACUUUUCUUUGCAUCUUGGAAAUGAAAUGGUACCUAGCCUGAAGAAACCUGCUACUUCAAACCUGGCCGCACCAGACCUCCAGCCUAAGGUUGACUUGGAGUUAAGUCUCUCAACUGUGCUCUCUGAAUCUGCAAUCACUUCUGUGGAUCGUAGUUCUACUUCUGUUCUUUCAGGCAUGGAGAUGCCACCAGCGAUUGGCGGGGCCCAAAAUGCAGAUGAAGUAUCAACUUCAUGCCACUGGAAGUCAGGGGUUGCCGUUAAGCCAUUCCAGACUUCACUGAACCCAGGGGCUCAUUUCCUUUUCAAACCAGUUCCAAAUAAACUUGAUUCCAUUCCUACUGUUCCAGACAUCUCAUCAAGCAUAUUGACCACACCAAAUAGCUCAGUCACAUGUACUUCUGCGAUCACACACAGACAACAGCCACAUCAUCGCAGCUCCAAUUCAAAGACGUGUCAGGUUGAGGGAUGUGGAAAGGGUGCCAGAGGUGCUUCGGGCCGCUGCAUAUCUCAUGGUGGUGGUAGGAGGUGUCAGAGAGCUGGCUGCCACAAGGGUGCUGAGGGCCGCACAGUGUAUUGUAAGGCUCAUGGUGGUGGCCGGCGAUGUGAAUUCCUGGGGUGCACCAAGAGUGCAGAAGGACGCACGGAUUUUUGUAUUGCCCAUGGUGGUGGUCGGAGAUGCAGUCAUGAUGGUUGCACAAGAGCUGCCAGAGGCAAAUCAGGAUUGUGCAUCCGUCACGGUGGCGGCAAGAGAUGUCAAAGAGAAAAUUGCACCAAAAGUGCCGAGGGACUCUCAGGCCUUUGCAUCUCACAUGGAGGUGGUCGCAGAUGCCAGGCUAUAGGAUGCACAAAAGGGGCACAAGGGAGCACAAUGUUCUGCAAGGCUCAUGGUGGAGGGAAACGAUGCACUGCUCCAGGUUGCACCAAGGGAGCGGAAGGGAGCACACCCUAUUGCAAGGGCCAUGGGGGAGGGAAGAGGUGUGCAUUCCAAGGUGGUGGGCAUUGUACAAAGAGUGUGCAUGGAGGUACCAAUUUCUGUGUGGCACAUGGGGGUGGCAAGCGAUGUGCCAUGCCUGAGUGUACAAAGAGUGCAAGGGGACGGACUGACUACUGUGUCCGACAUGGUGGAGGCAAAAGAUGCAAGUUUGAAGGGUGUGGCAAGAGUGCACAAGGCAGUACUGACUUCUGCAAGGCACAUGGUGGAGGAAAGAGAUGCUCUUGGGGCCAUCCUGGGUCUGUUUAUGGGCGCCAAGCUGUGGGUCCUUGCAACUCAUUUGCAAGGGGGAAGACAGGUCUUUGUGCACUCCAUAGUGGUCUGGUUCAGGAUAAGAGGGUCCAUGGAGGUGUUACCCUGGGGCCUAUAGUUCAGGAACCUAAACUUGGAAAGUUGGAAAAGGUGAAAGAAGUUGAUGAAAUGAAUGUUGAUGAAGCCAUGACUAUUGGGAGCAUAGCUACUACAGUAAGCAGAAGCUGCUCUGAUCUGAAGCAUGGUGCUAACUCCGUUGGUCAACCUUCAGUCAUUGUUCCAGAAGGCCGUGUCCAUGGGGGAAGUCUGAUGGCGCUGCUUGCAGGUGGUUCAGAUACUGCCAACACAAACAUCAUGGGAAGUGAUUCAUCUGUGCCAGUGAAGUCUUACUUGAUGCCCAAGAACUGGAUGUAAGGCUAUUUCUCAACUUUGUUAUUUGGUUCGGUCUCAGUAGUUGGCAGAGUUUCUCUGCAGGUCUGUCUGUCUUGUGUCCUUUGCUUCUUAGCUUGUUUAGUCAAUAGUGGGUUUGAUAUAUAUAGCGAUAGAAGUUCUCAUUCAUUGGUUCGAAUGGAGGGAACCCUCAAGUGCCUAAAAGACUUUAGUGUAACAGUAUGGUGGUAUAUCAAGGUUAGGGGCAUAGUUAGCAUUUGGAGUCUGGUCUUUGGUGUUCUUUCCUGUAAAUAUUUAUAAAAUGUCCAGCAGUUAUGUUGUGCAUACAGGUUUAUACCACCUGUAUGGUCGGUCAGUUUGUCGGACAUUCUGGUGCAAUAAAUAAAGCCUUUACUGAGAUCACAUAUAUUCUAUCA